GUUGAGUCAAAGCUACUUCCGGAACUGCUGCAUGUUUUUUUUUCUCUCUCUCUCACACUUAUCCGGUUAGCUCGCUAGCUAGCACGGAAUAGUUAGUUAGUAACCAGUGCCCGCUAUAAUAAGUAAAUAAAUUAAGAGUGAAAAUGGUGGCAGUGUGGAUCAGCUGAGUGGUUAUACAGCAGCGUCAAUGGGAAAGAGGAAGGACAUGAUGAUCCACCCCAGGUUUCUUGUAGGGGAGGAGGAUGACUACAACGCGCACAGGAAGAAGCACAAAAAGCACAAGAAACAUAAGAAGAAGCACCACCGUGACGACGGCCACAGCUUCUCGUCUGAGGCUCUGGAGUCUGACUCGGGCAUCGUGCUGAAACCUCCACAGCUGAAGCUGAAGAUCAAAUUAGGAGGGCAAACACUGGGCACAAAGAGCGUGCCCACCUUCACGGUGAUACCGGAAACCGUACGCUCGAUGUCUCCUCUGAUUGUGGACAGUGAUGAUGAUGAUGACGAGACUGAUGAUGAGGACGAGGACGAGGAUGAUGAGGACGAUGAUGAGCCCUCGGAAGGAGUUCCUAUUGAGCAGUACCGUGCCUGGCUCGGUGCGUCUCUAGGUUUCAUCAUGCUAAACGAGGACAGUAACUUGGAGCCUUCUCCUCUGCCAGACAUGGACACCGAUUCGUUUUUGGAAGGCCCAAUGGACGAAGAGGAGAAGUGGCUUGAUGCGCUGGAGAAAGGAGAACUGGAUGAUAACGGAGAGCUGAAGAAGGAGAUAGACGAGUCGCUUCUGACUGCCAGACAGAAAGCGCUGUUGCACAAGCAGCAGAUCCAGCCCCUCUUCGAGCUCCCCAUGGGCUACAAGGAGAAGGAGCUGACGGCCGAGAUGCUGCAGAAGCGGGAGGAACGAGCCCGCAAAAGACGCCUGCAGGCAGCCAAAAAGGCUGAAGAGAACAAGAACCAGACCAUCGAGAGACUCACCAAGACCAGCAAGGCCAAAAUCAAGAGCACAAAAGAGCGCAAGGCCAAGCACGCGCAGGUGCCCAUGGUGAGGUACUCGGAUAACGCACAGGGGACAGCGAUCUCUUACCCGGUUGGAGUGACCGCUCCGGCACCUGCCCCUCCACGCCCACUUCCUCCUGCUCCAGUGAGCUGCGGCGUCGCUGGCUGCCCCAACCUGAAGAAGUAUUCGUGUUCCAAGACGGGAACGCCACUCUGCAGUCUGAACUGUUACAGGAAGAACUUAAUGCUUGUAGAGAGUGCAGCUUGAUCUUAACGAACUCAAAAGGACAUGGGGUUAGCAGCUUUUAGAAUCCUUGCACUAGUGGAACUGCAGGAUUUAUGGAUGUCUGUGAGUAAAAGAGAGUCUAAUGUAUACUUUUUUUUUUUUUUACAUUUUUUAUUCAUAAUACACAUUUUGGGCAGAAAUCGGGUUUUCGAGCCUAUUUCCUGUUUAACUGGCUUUCCAGAUGAACCUGCUAGUUUGUCUUGCUAACACAGAUGUCCUCUGUAGUGUCGGAUCCCAAUCCUUCAAGCAUGCAUGUGCGAUUAUAAGCUGGCCAAGCAUGUGAACGUAACUAAUAUCCAAGCUCAUUUCAGUUAUUUAAAUAAAGGAGUAAUUUUGUCAUUUUUAGACAUCUCUGCUUCUUGCCAGGGAAACUGCAACUGCAAACAUUGACAAGCCCUUUUCCCUUUCGUGCUGAAACUAUACACUAUAUUCCUUAUGAUUUAUCUUUUAAAGGAAAUAGGAGCAGUUAGGUAGCUGAGUUUCAGCUGGGGGCGGGGCUAAUAUCAAGAAGCCUGACCUGUACAUUAGCCGUAUACGCUGCAUGGCGAGAUGACCAAUCACAGGCAUUUUAGGGCAUUGUUCAAAUCACAUGAUUAUUACAGGUUUAGAAAUAACUUUACACCUUUAAUGUCAUCCAGAAAGGAGGACCUGGACCUGGUUUGGUUUAUAUUGUAUUCAGUUUCAGAAAAUAACUUCAUUUGUUCGUUAAUUAUGUUAAAUUAGAGAUGAGGACUAUGCUGAAUCAGUGUAGAGAGUGUUUGUGUGUCAAGGCUUUAGCGUUUUAAUUUUUCCUUGAGUACUCAAGAUUUUUUAUUUAUUUUUGUUAUAAGAAGCCUGAAAUAAACAACAUUAUUACAAAGUGA